AGAAGCGAAUCUGGGACACAUGGAUCGUUCGACCAGGAGAAAAUGAUGUCAGAAUCAGCAAGAUUCUGCAACAGCUUCGUGAAAUUCAUCAUUCUGGCGUAUGCGCUGGUCGGAGUGUCAGCUCACAUAUCUGCCCUCUGGAGGUUGAAUACCGAACAAGAAGGAACAUACUUUCAAGAGAACUCGACCUGUUAUGACUUUUUGCCUUAUAUGUAUAUGAUACCCUUUGAUGUUGGAAGUAUCGGCAGUUGCAAAUUCGCGCUGUUUUUUAUGGACUUUUGCUUUUGUAUCAUAGCGUCAUAUAUUUCUGGAUCCACCGGGACAUCGAUAGAAUAUUUAGCUUCACUAUGUUGCUCCAAUGUCUCACAUCAGUGUUUAUUACGGCAUCGAACUUUUUUGUGGCAUCAAUGAUAUCUCCAUUUGAUCCUGAAUUCUACUCUUUGGCAGAAUACAUGUUUGCAACAUUAGCACAGCUUUGUAUGAUAUGCCAUUU